AUGCCAGAAGGCUUCACCAAGGUUACAGAGGACGUGCACAAGCCAGAGGUCCAGAACCCAUAUGGACCCAACCCUGCGGACUUCCUUUCUAAUGUCAGCGAGUUCGAGUUGAUCGAAUCCACUUUGAGAGAGGGAGAACAAUUUGCAAAUGCUUUCUUCAGCACCGAAAAAAAGAUCGAAAUUGCCAAGGCUUUAGACGACUUUGGAGUCGAUUACAUCGAGUUAACGUCGCCCGUUGCCAGUGAACAGAGUCGUAGAGACUGUGAGGCUAUUUGCAAGCUUGGACUCAGAGCCAAGAUUUUGACUCACAUUAGAUGCCAUAUGGACGAUGCCAAGGUUGCGGUCGAAACUGGAGUAGAUGGCGUGGAUGUGGUUAUUGGAACUUCUCAGUUCCUCAGACAGUACUCUCACGGAAAGGAUAUGAACUAUAUUGCCCAGCUGGCUGUUGAAGUGAUUGAGUUUGUUAAGUCGAAGGGCAUCGAAAUCAGAUUUUCUUCCGAAGAUUCAUUUAGAUCUGACUUGGUUGAUUUGCUCAACAUCUACCGAACCGUCGACAAGAUUGGUGUGAACCGUGUGGGUAUUGCCGACACUGUAGGCUGUGCUAACCCUCGUCAAGUGUACGAAUUGGUAAGAACGUUGAAGUCCGUUGUCAAAUGUGACAUCGAGUGCCAUUUCCACAACGAUACUGGAUGUGCUAUUGCCAACGCUUACACUGCUCUCGAAGGUGGCGCUAAGCUCAUCGAUGUGUCUGUGUUAGGAAUCGGUGAAAGAAAUGGUAUCACUCCAUUGGGAGGCUUAAUGGCUAGAAUGAUCGCUGCUGACCGUGAUUAUGUCUUGUCCAAGUACAAGUUGCACAAGUUGAGAGACUUGGAAAAUUUGUAG